AUGGGUUCAUCAGCAGCUGAAGCAUUGCAAAAGCUCCUCAAAGCGCUCGAGGAUCAAGAUUCAUCUGUCCGCUUGAGCGCCACGGAGGCCUUGGGUGCCACAGGUCCUGCAGCAGCAGGGUUUGUGCCGCAACUGAUCCGACUUCUUCAGGACAAAGAUAGACGUGUGCGCUUUGCUGUUAAAGAAGCCUUUGGCGCGAUGGGUCCAGCAGCAGCUGAAGCUGUGCCGCAGCUGAUCAGAGUGCUCGAGGAUCGACAUGAAAGUGCGCGACAGGAUGCUGCAGAAGCCUUGGGCAUGAUGGGCGCUGCAGGCGCUCAAGCUGUGCCGCAGCUGAUCGAGGCGCUCACGGACCCAGACAGUGAUAUGCGUGCACGUGCGGCAGAAGCCUUGGGCAGAAUUGGUCCUGGUGCAGUUGAAGCAGUCCCGCAAUUAAGUACAGCGCUGCAAGAUCAUCACGAAGUCGUGCGCAUUCAGGCCGCGGAUUCCUUGGGCAAGAUGGGUUUUGAAGCAGCCGAUGCCGUGCCGCAGCUUAUCAAAGCGCUUCAGGAUGAACACUGCCACGUGCUCGAGAUCGUUUCGAGAGCCUUGGGCAAGAUGGGUCCAGCAGCAGCUGAAGCUGUGCCGCAUUUGAUGAAAGCUUUUGAGGGCCAAAACAGUGUCUUGUGUCAGUUUGUGGCAGAGGCGCUGUGCGAGAUGGGUCCUGCAGCCGCUGAAGCAGUCCCGGAGCUGAUGAGACAGCUCAAGAAUCCAGAUCGCCUUGUACGCUGGAGUUCUGCAAAGGCCUUGGGCGUGAUGGGUCCUGCAGCCGCGGAAGCUGUGCCACAGCUCAUUAUAGCACUUGAGGACGAAGACCGAGAUGUGUGCGUGCUUGCUGCAGAGGCCUUGAGCAAGAUGGGCAGCGGAGCUUCUUACGCCGCACCGCAGCUGAUCCUGCAGCUGAAAAAUCAUGAUGCUGAUGUGCGUGGGAGGGCCGCAGAGGCCUUGUCUAGCCUUGGUCCCGCAGCAGCUGUUGCUGUGCCGCAGCUGCUCAACGCGCUCCAGGACCCAGACAGUGAUGUGCGCAGAUGGGCUGCAACGGCAUUGGGCAAUGUAGGUCCUGAAUGUCCUGACGCAGCAGAAGAAGCUGUGCCGCAGCUGAUCAAAGCACUUCAAGACCCAGAGUGGGAGGUGCGCACACGUGUUGCGGAUGCUUUGGGCAAAAUGGGUCUCUCAGCAGCCAAAGCAGUGCCGCAGCUGAUCAAGUCACUUCAGGACCGAGAUUACCUUGUGCGGAAGGGUGCGGCAGAGGCCUUGAGCAGCAUGGGUCCGGCAGCAGCUGACGCUACAACAAAUUUGAUUGCUUUGCUGGAAGACCAGAAUGAAUCCCUUGUGGUGCGCGUGCCAGCUGCAGAGGCUUUGGCCAGGAUAGGUCCCGCCGCGGCACAAGCUGUACCACAGCUCAUCACAGCACUUCAAAACGAAGCCGUGUGCAACGAGGCUGCAGAGGCCUUAUGCAGAAUCGGCCCUGCAGCCCCUGAAAUUGUUCCGCAACUCAUCAGAUUGUUGGAGAACGAACAGGCAAGCUUUGAGAGUGCGGCAAGUGCCGCCACAGUCUUAGGCACGAUGAGCUCUGCAGCCGUCCCGCAGGAAAAGCUGGUCUCGCUGCUUGCGCUGGCAGACCCGCGAGGGAAGGCGCAUGGCAUACUCUUGCAGCUUGCAUUGUCGUCCUACUCAGAAAGUGAAUACUUGAUGGAACCAGUGAUGGUCAAGGCUUUGCUGCAUGCAGCGUGGUACAGUGAAGAUGACGAAGUGGUUCGCUCGGCUGUGAAGACGUUGCCUGCGAUCCUCAAGGGAGUUGAGCUCAGUACCUUCCAGUUGCUCGGGCUCGUGCAGCGGGCCCUUCGGAUCGUGCCGGACACGGCACGGGAAUGUGAGUUGCAUGAGCUAAUCGAAGCCAGGCGUGCCCAUGACCCAACGGAACCUGCGGAGCAAGCCACGAGCCUGGUGGACCUCAGUGACCUCAGUGGCAUUGCUUCCCUAACCGAGAGCGGCAGCAGGAACACUGGUGCCCGAGCAUUGCUCGCUCAGCCGAGCUCGGAGCCCGGUGCGUCCUCUUACGUGCGCAAGGACUUGUUCGGGGAAGCUAUUGAUAACGACGCUGACAAAGAUGAGGAUGAAGAGGGCGAAGAGGAUGAGGGUAGCUGUGACAGCGACUGA